UUUGAGUAAAUGUGUCCUAGAAUGGUUGAGUAAAUGUGUCCUAGAAUGGUUGAGUAGAUUCAAUGAUGACUUUUGAAUUUCGAGUCUUUUGACCAAUGAAGAUAUGAGAUAUGUAUAUAUACCUUUAUAAAGUUCACCUUCACCGGCCAUUGCCACUACCACGCCGGCUCUGUGUCUGUGUAUAUAUAUAUACUUGCUCCCUUCUUCUUCUUACUUCAACAUUCUCCAUACUUACAGACUUAUCCAAAUUCAACUUCAUUCUCAUUUUCAUCUUCCCUGAAUGUUUGCUUCAAACCCUACCUCCUCCUUCUUAUCCACUACUAACCCCAAUCGCCUUCCACUCCUCCGACCACUCCCGCGCCGAUGCCGACCUCUCGCCGGAGACAUUCCAACUGCCCCCUCAUUCCCGAGAUUGGUCCAGUAUCCAUUCGUCGCCGACGUCGCCGGAGCUGGAAUUGGUUUUAUCGGCUCCGACGGAGGUGCGUCCAUGGACGGCGUGCAGAAGCGAGGAGGUUUUAAUGGCGGGAUUAAGGUGAAUGCCAAGGAGAAGAAGUGGUCACGUAGUGGAGAAAGCUAUCUGGCUGAUGAUGAUGAUGCUCUUCCGCUUCCCAUGACUUAUCCCGAUUCUUCUCCGGUCACGGCGGACGAGAUUGAACGCCGCCUCCAAUGCGAUCCCAAAAUUGAGGAUUGUAAAGAAGUAGUAUAUGAAUGGACUGGAAAAUGUAGAAGUUGCCAAGGUUCAGGAUAUGUUAGUUAUUAUAAUAAAAGAGGAAAACAGGUUCUCUGCAAAUGCAUUCCUUGCCUUGGAAUUGGAUAUGUUCAGAAGUUUACAGCUCGCAAGGACAUAGAAGUAAUGGAGGAUUUGGAUCCAUCGUGACCCAGAACAGUAGAAUUUUUUAUUUAUUGUUUAAUUUUUCACAACUCGGUAUUGUGCAAUCAUCUUGAUGAAAUGUAAUCUUCUCUGUUUUUCUUUUCUUCUCUCUUCCUGAAAGUUAGCUUUAUAUAUAUAUUUACUAUAGCCCUUGACAACCGUCUCCUUAGGCAGAGUUAGGAGAACAGGAUAGCAAAGUUUGUAGGCAAUUCUUUUUUAGCUUUGGCAAAGAAUGUAUUCCUUUCUUUGCUUCUACAAACUUUUGUUAUUAUUCUUUACCUUAUCUUGUUCAUUAUGUCCUAAGAUUCUAUUUGACAUACUUGUUGCCACAAGUUGAUGAGGAAUCAAUGUCAACCUCAGAUAUUGCAAAAUUCCAAUUGACUAAAGCAUCAGAACGUUUAUUUAAUUCAUUCUCUGCAGCCUAUAAAUAUGCCUCAGGUUCUGUAUAUAUAGUUUUAAAUUAUUUUAACUUGAUAUCCCAGUUUGGUUUCAGCAGUUUCAUACAUCUACCAACCAAGAACACGUCGGAGAAAUGUCGAAGAUAAGCUUCCUUGAUUUCCAGUAUAACAUCUCUAAGAGAAAGUUAUUGCAGAAGCCAAGUCGCUUGUUCUCUCGUGACAGGCAGAAUUCGGGGUUAGUGCCUACCUUCAUGCCAAAACAGGAUGAGCUGAAACUAGUUUUUGACAAAUUUGACUCCAACAAAGAUGGAAAGAUAUCUCAGCAAGAGUACAGAUCGGUUCUGAAAGCACUAGGUAAGCAAAACACAGCUGCAGAAGUUUCAAAGAUUUUUCAGGUAGCUGAUCUUGAUGGAGAUGGCUUUAUAAGUUUCAAGGAGUUUGUGGAAGCACACAAGAAAGGAGGUGGGGUUAGAACAACUGACAUACAUAGUGCUUUUCGGACAUUCGAUGUUAAUGGUGAUGGAAAGAUUAGUCCAGAGGAGGUUUUAAAUGUACUGAGGAGGUUGGGAGAGCAUUGCAGCCUUGAUGAUUGCCGUCGAAUGGUGAGAGCAGUUGAUGCAGAUGGGGACGGUAUGGUCGACAUGGAUGAGUUCAUGACUAUGAUGACUAACACCAUGAACACGGUUGUACUUUAGACAUUUCAUGCUGGAAAUGGUUUCCAUUUUUAAGUUUUCUAUGUCAGUUGUGCUCUAUGAUUUUUAUAAUUUGCUUUACUUUUUAAAGAUUGUACCUAUAAUAAAAGGCAAGCAUAAAUGCAUCAUACAUUCGAUUCAA